AUUUUCUUUAAAUGAAUCCAAGGACCAUCUUACGCGUAUCAAGAAUCCACAAACCUUGCUGCUUGUCUCUUCACUUCUCUUCCUCAGCUUCAAAAUCCAAUGCCAAACUUUCUGAUGACUCAAGUUACAGCCUUUCCACCUGCGUUGCCUCCUUACAAGGCUGUGCCCGCCACAAGAAUCUCAGCAAAGGCAAACGACUCCACUCUUACAUGCUCACCAAUGCCUUUCUCGACUCUCCUGUAUCCACCACCAGCCUUAUCAACAUGUACUCAAAAUGCAACCGAAUGGAAGAUGCUGUUUUGGUGUUCAAUCACCAAGCCCAUCAUUGCAAUGUGUUUGCAUAUAGCGCAAUCAUUUCUGGGUUUGUUUUAAAUGAGCUUGCGGAAGAUGGGUUUGAGUUUUAUAAGCGUAUGAGGUGGUUGGAUGUUAGGCCAGACGAGUUUACUUUUCCUUGUGUGAUCAAAGCUUGUUGUGAUAUUGUGGAGGUUAGGAAGAUUCAUGGGCUGUUGUUUAAACUUGGGUUGGAGUUGGAUGUGUUUAUUGGCAGUGCUUUGGUUAAUGCCUACUUGAAAUUUGGGUUGAUUGUAGAGGCACAAGAGGUGUUUGAGAAAUUGCCCGUGAGGGAUGUUGUGCUUUGGACUGCACUGCUUAAUGGGUAUGCGCAAAUUGGGAGGUUGGAUGAGGUUUUGGAGGUUUUUAAGAGAAUGGGUGUAGAAGGGGUUGUUCCUGAUAGAUUUACGGUUACCGGGGUGUUAUCGGUUUUAGCUUUGAUGGAGGAGUUUAACAAUGGGAGAGCAAUUCAUGGGUUUGCGAUGAAAAUGGGGUAUCUUUCAGGUGUCUCUGUUUCCAAUGCCUUGAUUGAUAUGUAUGGGAAAUGCAUGCAUAUUGGAGAUGCUUUGGAAAUUUUUGAGACGAUAAAUGAGAAAGAUAUAUUUUCGUGGAAUUCAAUCAUAUCUGUUCAUGGACAAUGCGGAGAUUAUGAUGUUACUUUAAGACUUUUUGAGAGGAUGUUAGGUGCUGGAGUUAAGCCUGAUUUGGUUACUAUCAUAGCAGUCCUUCCUGCUUGCUCUAAUCUGGUUGCACUGAUGCUUGGAAGACAGAUUCAUGGGUAUAUGAUAGUCAAUGGGUUGGGGAAGGAUGGCAAUCAUAAAGAUACUGAUGAUGUGCCAGUGAACAAUGCUAUUAUGGACAUGUAUGCAAAAUGUGGCAGUAUGAGAGAUGCUCAUUCAGUUUUUUGUAAGAUGAGAAAUAAAGAUGUGGUCUCAUGGAGCAUCAUGAUCAUGGGUUGUGGCAUGCAAGGUCAUGGUGAUGAGGCUUUGGAUGUGUUUUCGCGUAUGUGUGAGGCACAAAUUAAGCCUGAUGCUGUCACAUUUAUUGGGGUAUUGUCUGCAUGCAGCCAUGCAGGCCUCGUGAGACAUGGGUGUGAGUUAUUGACGCUGAUGAAGUCAAAAUAUGGUGUGGAUCCAACUAUUGAGCAUUAUGCCUGUGUGAUUGACAUGCUCGGUCGAGCUGGGCAGCUUGAGGACGCUUAUGAAUUGGCACAAGCAAUGCCUAUCGAGGCCAAUCCAAUGGUAUGGAGGACUUUGUUAGCAGCAUGUUGGCUCCAUGGUAAUGCUGAUCUUGCUGACAUUGUUGUACGACAGGUUCUUAAACUUGAACCAGAGCAUUGUGGAGAUUACGUUCUAAUGUCAAAUAUUUAUGGAGUAAGCGGUCGAUAUGAAGACGUAUUAGAUAUUAGACAGGCAAUGAGGCAACAAAAUGUGAAGAAGGUACCAGGGUGUAGUUGGAUUGGGCUCAAGAAUGGUGUGCGUACUUUUAUUACGCGUGAUAUGACCCAUCCUGAAACCAACCUUAUUUAUGUAACUUUAAAUUCAUUGACUGUGCGUCUGCAUGAGUAUGGUUAUGUGCCUAAUCUCUAACAUUGGGGUUGUGCUGAAAAUCUAGCAUGGAACUAUGCCAAUAGGAAAUUCUUUAAUUUUCCCUGGGAUAGGUGGGAAAGAAGGCAAAGUAAGAUUGUAUCAAAGAGUAUUAACAGUUUUGUUUUGGUUUGUGUGCAAAACAAAGUGGCAAUGUUUUGCAUCAGAUAAUUUUGAUAUUUUAAAGGAAAAACAACACUACUACUGUACAAUGCAUUCAAGAUCAUUCACUGGACAGCAUCAGGAGAAAAGAGCCUGAAUCCACAAAAGGAUCAUGAUUGAGUUGAGCACUAGAAGACUAACCUGAGCUUGUGUCCCCAACUUACAGGUUGAUUCAUUUCCCUUUUUAAAAUUUUUGCCAGUAUCUUAUGGUCAUGGGAUUCUCUGUGUAUUCAGAAAAUACAAUUUUUAUAACAUGUGGUAGUUCAAAUCCAUAUUUUUAAUCCA